AUGAAGAAGCAAUUCAACCGGAUGCGACAGCUCGCCAACCAGACGGUUGGAAGGGCAGAAAAAACAGAAGUUCUGAGCGACGAUCUUCUGCAGGUUGAGAAGCGUUUGGAUCUGGUAAAGCAGGUGACGCACAGCACUCACAAGAAGCUGACUGCCUGCCUGCAGGGUCAGCAGGCGACUGACACGGAGAAGAAAUCUGUCAAGUCACCCUCUAAAAAACUACCACUCACAAUCUUGGCACAAUGUAUGGAGGAAGGAGCUGCAGUGUUGGGGGACGAUUCCCUCCUGGGGAAAAUGCUGAAACUGUGUGGGGACACAGAGGACAAACUGGCCCAGGAGCUGCUUCAAUUCGAGCUUCAGAUAGAGAGAGAUGUGGUGGAGCCUCUUUAUGUACUCGCUGAGGUGGACAUCCCUAACAUCCAGAAGCAGAGGAAGCACUUAGCUAAACUUGUGUUGGACAUGGACUCAGCACGAACCAGAUAUCAGCAGUCAUCCAAGUCAUCCAGUCACCCAAGCACUCUGCAGCCCGGCACCAAGUCCGAAUCCCUGAGAGAAGAGAUGGAAGAGGCAGCCAAUCGGAUGGAGAUUUGUAGAGACCAGUUGUCAGCUGAUAUGUACAGUUUUGUGGCCAAAGAAAUAGACUAUGCAAACUUCUUCCAGACGUUGAUAGAAACCCAGGCAGAAUAUCACAGGAAAUCACUGGAAAUUCUUCAAAGUGUCCUGCCUCAAAUUAAAGCCCAUCAAGAGGCGUGGGUGGAGAAGCCAUCAUUUGGCAAGUCUCUGGAGGAACACCUAAAUAUUAGUGGGAGAGAGAUUGCCUUUCCCAUAGAAGCCUGCGUCACCAUGCUGCUGGAGUGUGGCAUGCAGGAAGAGGGCCUCUUCAGGGUGGCUCCAUCAGCCUCCAAGCUGAAGAAGCUGAAAGCCUCCCUGGACUGUGGAGUUCUAGAUGUGCAGGAGUACUCCUCUGACCCGCACGCCAUUGCAGGGGCCCUGAAGUCAUACCUCCGUGAACUCCCCGAGCCAUUAAUGACCACUGAACUUUAUGAUGAAUGGUUUCAGGCCUCUAAUGUUCAAGAUAUGGACAAGAGGCUGCAAGCAUUGAUGGGAGUUUGUGAAAAACUCCCCACAGACAACUUGAAUAACUUCAGAUACCUAGUUAAAUUUUUAGCCAAGCUGAGUGAAUAUCAAGACUCAAAUAAGAUGACUGCCGGAAACAUGGCCAUUGUCCUUGGACCGAACUUGCUGUGGACACACACGGAGCCCAACAUGACAGAGAUGAUGACCACCGUGUCCCUGCAGAUUGUUGGCAUUAUUGAGCCCAUAAUUCAGCACGCUGACUGGUUCUUUCCAGGAGAAAUCGAGUUCAACUUGACAGGCAGCUAUGGCAGCCCGAUCCACACCAACCACAACUCCAACUACAGCUCCAUGCCCUCACCAGACAUGGACCAAUCUGAUCGCAAGCAGCAGCACGACCAGAGCCGACGCCCACUAAGUGUUGCAACUGACAACAUGAUGUUAGAGUUUUACAAGAAAGACGGCAUGGGCGUCCGAGUUAUGGAUACCACCUGGGUGUCUCGCAAGGGUUCAUCCACACUGGCCCGCAAGGCGUCCUCCACCCCUCCGGGCAUGCCCGGCUCUCCAGCGGACACUCUUAUUCCCGAGCAGCCCGGGGAACUCCUCACCUCCCCAUCGGCCACACCCCCACCAGCAGAGAGGAGCUGUUUUAUUUGUGCUGUCUAUUCUUUCAAUAUCUACAGCUCAGACAACGUGUUGCCCAAUCGGCCGGACACCUCUCAUGCCCACCCACCCCCUGGGGAGGACCGGCCUCCUCCCCCUUACCCAACCACCUCGUGCCACACUACCCCUCACCACUUCUAUCCCAAACCCCCACCUUGCGCUCGCCCUGUGGCACCGGGUCCCGAGUCCCAGCCCCCCCCCCCCCCUCCGCCCCCACUUCGCUGGUCAGGCUUCACUCCUCCCGCCCCGCCCCCUUCCUCAUCUUCCUCUUCCUCCUCCUCAUCACUUGACAUCAAUUCAAACCCCAAACCGAGCUGUCUGCACUUUCCCAAGCACAGCCCGCCUGGUGAAGUGUCACAUGCCCCCCCUCCCGAUACAAAUGCUUCACCACUCUAUGUCAAAACCCCCUUGGUUUUAACCCGCCAUGACCAGAUCCUUGGCAACCCCCCUAGCCUCCCUUCGUCCAUGCCCCCGCCCCCACCGUGGGCUGCCUGUCCAUGUGCCCGAGAGAGAGGACCCCCCAGGCUGACUAGUUCACUAAAGAGUAAAGAGCUUUCCCCUGUAAUUGGACACAAAGCCAUCCAGGUGGCAAGUCCAACAGUGCCCCCCAGCAGUAGCCCUCAGAGCAGCAGUCAGUCACCCCACUCAACAGAGCACAGUCCACACACGCUGCGCAAAGGUUCCAAAAAGUUGGCCCCUGUGCCUCCGAAGGUCCCUUACGUCCAGUCAGGAGGGAUGUCCGACCAGUCCACAGGUCAGCCGUCACCGGUCAGCCUGUCCCCAACACCUCCCAGCACCCCUUCUCCCUACGGACUGACCUGUCCUCCAGGGCAAGUACCCCCGUCCUCCCCUGGGCAGUCUUCAAUCGGGGCACCCCACUCCCUCUCGUCACCGCCCUCGCUGACAGGAACGCUCACUAAGUCCCGACCUGCCCCCAAGCCCAGGCAGAGACCCAGUCUGCCUCCACCUCAGCCCCCCCCGGCUCCCCCAGGGCUCUCUGGCCCAGCCGUGGCCCCGAUUCCCCAGCCUCUGGAGCAGGGUCUCCUGGACGGACUGUCUCCCGGAGAGAGCAUGUCUACAGAUAUCUUCAAUUAUGAAAUCCCCUCCAUCAAUGUCAAUCUGGACAGCCUCAUCGAUGAGUUCAGCGGUGCCCCCUGCAGGAGGUCCAUGGCAGUGACAGACUCUCCAGAUGAUGCUGUGCCUGAGGAGGAGCCCCAGAGCACCAUUCUAUGA